CCAAGUUACUAUAGGAGAUCCCUAAAUACAUAAUGAGAAUAUGAUUUUUGUGUCUCUACAUUAAGGUUUCAACCUCCACUCUUUGUAAGCACACUUUGUGUGAUUGAAUUGGUCAUUUCAAAGUUGUGAACUUUUUCAUUAUAUGGUGAACGUGAAAAAAGACCAAUCACAUAACAUCAAGAAAAGAGAGAACAAAAUGGAGGAAAAUAAAAGGAGAGACCAUGUAUCCAUCAAAUUAUCAUUUUCUAUUAUAAGGCAUUAGAGGAAACUAAGACUGUCCACAGCAAGAAGAGGAAAAAAGAAUAAAAGGGGAAAAAAAUGGAGAGAUGGCUCACAAUAGGAGUGGGUUUAAUGGAAAAAAAAAGAUAAAAGAGGAAAGAAAGAGAGGUUUCCCCUACCCAAGAAGUUAAAAGAUGGAGGAGAGGUGGGGCCAGGUGGGUGGGAGGAGGAGGGGAAGGGGGGCCACGUGGGUGGUUUUGUUUUUUGUUUUGAAAAAUUGUUUUAUGGUUUUCUGAUUGGAUUUUUAAGAGUUAUUGGCCAACGGCCAUAUUCUACAUCCUCCAAUGGAUGGAACUCAAUCGGCUAUGUCAAGUGAUGAACCUGAUAGCCCCGGCCUUCAUGCAGUUGCUGCUCCAAGAGUGCUCAACCGUCCCGAAGGUCGAGAUCAACAAAAGAGGAAGAAAAGAGGAGGUGUUGAACCUGUUGGCAUGGAAGCUUUUCAAAAGAGUUUAGCGGACAUGGCAGCAAGUGAUGAGUCAUGGUUUUCUGCAAAUUAUUGUGAUUCGUCAUUGAUGACGUCACAUAUAAAUAGAGAUGAAAAUAAUUAUGUCUAAAUUAAAAAAAAUUAUAUCGAAAUGUUCGUCUUAAUUAAUUAAUACUACCUAUAUAAAUAUAAUGAAUAAAUUAUCAAAAUAAAGUUACCAUAUCAACUCUAGAUUGAUUUUGAAAAAAAAACCUCUCCACAAUACCCUUUUUCCCCUACCACCUAUUGUGGCCAUUAUCCGUCUCCCAUCCUUUUUUCCCACUUUUCCCAUCCUUUUUUUCCUUUUUUCCCUUUUUUCCCUUCCACCAUUGUGGACAGUCUAACUAUAUGGGAAUUUUCUUGUUAAAAACAACCAAAAUCCUUCUUUUUCCAUUCUCAACAGCAUAACUUUGUCUGUGUUAGAUUAUGCUUCUCAUAAUCGCAUCGAUCCUAACCAUUGUUAUAACUUCUCCCACAAGUAAUGUCCAUAACUCCUAUCAAUCUAAUGAUACUUUUACCACUACUUGCCCUCUUCUAUUUUCCUCGUCGAUCUCCAGCCUUUCUCGGUUAUCUCACUAACCUUUCUAACAUUGAAACCCCCCCCCCCCCCCCCCCCCACCACCCCAAAUGGAGGACAUAGAACAUAGUGCUUGAGAUAGCAAAUCACAGUGAAAAUAAAAUGAUCACUACCUCCCAAAUGGAGACUAGGUCGACUCUGGAUUUGUUUCAAAAGCCACGUGAGAAAAAAGUUAAAAGCUGCCUUUCUUCAAUCACCUAACAAUACCCAGUUGAAAGAUCACGACUAUUCAACGAAGAAAAAAAAAGAUCGUGACUCACGUGGAUCUUAAAAUGGCACAGGCAAUCGAAUUAGUAAAAAUGGAAAUAAAUAUAGCAAUUACCCAUCGAUAUAAAUGAUGAUAUGAGUGCACUUGGUGGGUUCUGAGAGGGGAUGAGCUUGAGAAGAGAAGCUGGGAAAUUGGGUUGUUGGUUUGGAACCUAUUAAAGGAAAAUAGAUUGGAAAAGGCUUUUCCAUUUUUAAAAUAGACAAAGAUCAGGCGCUCCAAUAAAAAUAAAAAUAAACCAAGGCCAGUGGCCGCCAAAGUCGUCGAUGAUGGCUUCUAGCUUUUCCCGAAUGAUGUCGGCCACCUUCACCAUGGUCGUCAAAAUCACGACUAAAAAUUUGAAGAAAGAGGACUACUUUUU